AUUACGUGUAUAUGUAAGGGCUCUUUUGUAAAGCCCACGGUCUCUUUCUUUCCGUUGAUCUCCUCUCUUCGGCAGAUCGAAAAUUCUCCCGCCCGCCCCGCCCCGCCCCGCCCCGAAGGCAUACAAAUACUUACACCUAGAGGGAGAAGAUGUACCAUCCGUCGAGAGGUGGAGUUCGUGGUGGUCGUGAUCAGUUUAGCUGGGAAGAUGUGAAAGCUGAUAAACAUCGAGAAAACUAUUUAGGUCACAGUCUCAAAGCACCCGUUGGAAGAUGGCAGAAAGGGAAAGACCUCCACUGGUAUGCUCGUGAUAAAAAAUCUGAGGCUGCAAAUUCAGAGGCUAUUAAAGAAGAGAUACGAAGGAUCAAGGAGGAAGAGGAGCAAGCCAUGAGAGAGGCUCUAGGCUUAGCUCCUAAACGGGCAAAAAAGUCUCAGGGUAAUCGACUAGAUAAACAUGAAUUUGCUGAACUUGUAAAGCGAGGUUCUACUGCAGAAGACUUGGGAGCUGGCCAUGCUGAAGCUGCUCAGGUUCAGGGUCUUGGUUUAUCUAAGGUGCCUCGUCCCCGGGAAGAAUCAAGUUUACCUGCCGGUCUGGAGUCUGAGUCAUUCGAGAAGAUGAAUACUUCCAUGCCAAUCGCACCUGCAAGGAACGAUGAAGAAGAGUCUGAAGAUGAAAGUAGCAGAAAGAAAAUGAAGCGUGAGGAGAAGAGACGCGAGAAGCAUGAAAAGCGAGAGAAGCGACACUCUCGUGCUUCAGAUGACAAGAGGAAACACAACAAAGAGAAGGAAAAGAGAAGACACGGUUCGGAUUGAUAAAAUUAAACCAAUAGUCCAAGGAGGAAGUUAGAAAAAUAAGAAAAAUGUGGCAUGUCUUUUUUGAACAGGCUUUGGGAUUUGAUUCACCUUCAGUUUCUUCAGGACAUCCUAUGUAGUAGUUCUGUAUUUAUUUGUGAUCUUUUUUAUGUAAUGAAGUAAUACUUUAUUGAUCCUUUAUAUAUUGAUUUCUUGACUAAUGGCAAUA